CCGUUCACAUGGCGUCGGCGGCUUCCUCCCGGUGGUCCACCUGGGUUCAGCUCGGUGCACGCACGAACGCAUGCUUCAUUAGUUUAUGGGACAAUGGACGUUGAUGCAGCAUCCUCACUGCAUUAAAGGAUUCCAUUCAAAAUGGAUGGUUGAUUCUCCUCACUGCCUUUCCUGUAUAUCCUCUCUCGGACGCAAUUGACACGGUAAGUCGUAAUCCUUCUCCGUCUCCGUCUCCGUCAACAUCAACACGUCCACCGCUUUGCGCACUGCUUCCUCCAUGUCUGGCCACAUGACUCACGUGGAGCUUUACGACACUGCUUCCUCCAUCUAUCUUUUCCGGCUUUAAUAUUCGUGCGGCGCGAGCGGGCCUCGGCGACCGCGUCGACCGUGACCGACGGGGGGAGCAAAGAACAGCAGCGGGGUGCGGGAUCUGCCACCUGAGAUGGAGGCUCCGGGUACCACAUCUACCAAAGCUCCGCGUGCACCGACGCCGGUCUCCGGCUUCCGAGCUGUGGUUGAGACGUCAUGGCCGCCAAGAGAUGGGAGGCAGGGGAAGGGUGGUGGGCGCCACCGCCAAUAAUGGUGGUCCUCCUAAGAUUCCAGGCCUCGCCCCCGCUCCUCCACAGCUACAACUCCCGACCACCUCUGCCGCUUAUUGCCAUACCGUGGUAAGGGCGCCACAUGCGUCCUCCUGCCCCUGGUUGUCUCGACAAUGACGAAAAGGCCCCCAUGGCGGGUGAUUAGCAGAGAGUACGACGGGGCGAAGCACGCGUGCAACGGAAAGGGUAGGAACGUAAACGCAGUUCGAGGGUUUGGGGUGGGUGCGCCAUUGAAUGAUUGGCCUGCAGCUAGCAACGACAGCAUCUCUGAUCUCAUCUGACGUCGACGUUGCUGACCAUGCGCUCGAUUAAACCUCCCAUGAAACGUCGUCGGACUUCGGCUCGAUAAGAACAAGAGAGGGAGAGACGGAGCCUUCUCACUCGGGCGAACAGGUUGAACAGGAGGCAGCAGCAGAUGGUUGUGAGGGAGAGAGAGAGAGAGGGCCGUAGGGUUGUUGGGAGAGGGGAAUAAAGGGGAACGAUCGAUCGUUGUUGUGCUACCGGAGCCCUAUCAUGUAUUCAUCUUCUUCCUUCCUUUGACCUACCCAAACGCUGAAUCAAUCCCUAAACGAAUCACGAGCCCACAAGAUAGGCGUCCCUCGUCUUCCUCCUGAAACCCUUCCGGUAGCAACAAUUGCAGCUACAUAUACCCAAUUUACCAGGAAGAGAAUGAGCACAGAUGGAAGAGAUGGGUGAGUUGGGAUUAGCCGCUUGUUUUCGCUCCCGCUCUCCACGUAGCAGCGCUCCGAUUGCGUGCUAGAAGAAGGGGAGCUAUUGCACAGGUAAUGGAUCCGAUGACAGCAUCCACGCAUGGCUAUCAUCUCCCUCCCUUCCGCAGUCGUGACUUCCACCGUCUCCACCAUCCGCCGCAACUCCAACCCUUCCAACCGCAGCAGCAGCAGCCCAAGAUGGACGAAGAGCAGAGCAGCCUCCGUCAUGGCAACAAACGUGACAACGAUGACAGCAGCAGCAGCAACAACAAUUCGAACAGCGCUGACGGAAAGCAGCUGGCGCCUUUGGCAACCCCCGGCAACGGUGGUGCAGAGGGCCGGGAGAUCAUUCGCAAGCCACGUGGCCGCCCGCCAGGAUCGAAGAACAAACCGAAGCCACCGAUCAUCAUCACGCGAGAAAGCGCCAAUGCGCUACUGUCCCACGUGAUGGAGAUCGCCGACGGAUACGACAUCUGCGAGAGCGUCGCCACCUUCGCGUGCCGCAGGCAGCGAGGAGUCUGCGUCCUCAGCGGCAGCGGCACUGUCACCAACGUCACUCUCCACCAAUCGGCCUCCCCCGGCGCCGUCGUCACUCUCCACGGCCGGUUCGAGAUCCUCUCCCUCUCCGGAUCCUUCCUGCCACCGCCCGCCCCGCCGGCUGCCACGGGCCUAGCCAUCUACUUGGCGGGGGGCCAGGGCCAGGUCGUUGGAGGGAGCGUGGUCGGGCCACUCAUAGCAUCGGGUCCCGUCAUUAUAAUCGCGGCUUCAUUCGGCACCGCCGCCUACGAGCAGCUCCCUCUCGCGGCAGAGGAGGGUCUACAAUUGCAGGGCACACUUGGAUCGCCGGAUCUGAUUGGCCAGUCGCCGCCGCCGCAGCUGCUGCCGCCUGACCCAAACAAUCUGCUCUUCCACAGCCUGCCGCCAAACUUACUCAACAACGUGCAGGUGCCGGCCGAUGCUCAUGGAUGGGACGGCAGCGGACACCCUCCGCCGUAUUAAUUCGACUAAAAUUAACACUCGAUUAGUAUUUCUUCUUGUCUCAGCUGAAUUGUCUUCAAAUGGUGUUCGUUCUCGUUA